AGCGGCAUUGCCUGCCAGCCAGCCAGCAAUCCAAUCCAAUUCAAUCCAAUCCAACCAGCAGCACACAAUGGGCAAGCGGAUCCUCCUGCUCAACGGCGCGAACCUCAACCUCCUCGGCACACGCGAGCCACACCUCUACGGCAGCACGAGCCUGGCGACCGUAGUCGAGCAAGCCCAGCAGCAGGCCGCGGGCCUGGGCGUCGCGCUCGAGGCCUUCCAGACGAACUGGGAGGGCGCGCUCCUCGACCGCGUGCACCAGGCGCGCGGCGCCGUCGACGCCAUCGUCAUCAACCCCGGCGCGUUUACCCACACGAGCAUCGCGCUGCGCGACGCCUUGCUCGCCGUCGACAUCCCUUUUGUCGAGGUGCAUGUCUCGAAUGUCCAUGCCCGUGAGCCCUUCCGCCAUCAUAGCUACUUGAGCGAUAAGGCGGAGGCGGUCAUUGCCGGCUUGGGCACGUAUGGCUAUACCGCGGCUGUGGAGUUCGCGGCGAGGCAUCUGAGGGUUAGAGGGUCGGCGGAGCAGCCUCGGCAGCACCAGCAGCAGGCGGGAGUCAAGAUGGUCCAGGCGGAGGAACCGGCGGAGGUCAAAGUCGUGAGGGAGGACGCGCCGAAAACGGUGCAGUGAACGAUGGGAGCGGAUGCUGCGGUGUGGAGUGGAGUCAAGGGCGGGGCGGAAACGUUCCGGCGGGGCAACAGGCGCUGCCGUCAUCAAAAACCACCCAUCGCACCUCGAACUGCAAUGGUCCAUCAGCGAUUUAGGGUCGUCGCGUCUGCCAGAGUCAGGAGGGAGUGCGACAGCGCGUUCGCUCGGCAGCUGUACAUACUACGUAGCCGUCCCCGCCAGCCGC